AUGAGAACUCUGAUCAUUAUGGUGGUCUUUCUUAUUUCUUUCUCUUGGCUCACAGAUGGAAGUGACGGAUUCAGUUCCAACACAAAAUUAAAGCUGAGAAGAGCUUUCUUCACCAAAAGAUCAUUUCUUCCAGUUUAUGAGGAAAAUAGUAAAUACAAUUGUGUCAUCCUUUUGUGUUUACCUGGACUGGAAGAAUGCACAACAAACCGUUUCCCAAGAAACAGCUAUCAGUUUAUAGAUGGAGUUAAAGAAGAUAUCCAGGAUAUUCAAUGUAUUACCCAAUUUGCUGACUGUGCCAUCAGCUGCAUGAACAAUUGGAAAACAUUUUGA